UCACAUGACCACUCCUUUUCUCUCUUACCUUUCUCACUGUCUGUCUUCACUCUUUGUGAACAAAACAAACUCUGCAAAAUCUAAAGAAGUGUCUCUGUUUCUUCUCUCUUUAAUCGAUAAACCUUAAGAACAAUCUAUUCCCCACUCUCGCAUUGUCCCCAGAAGACUCUGUGUAUGAACUAGAGAAUCGAAUCAAUGGGUAGAGAUUAUGUGGUUGUGGGUAUCCUCAUUCUCCUCUGUUCUUCUGGGUUUGUAGCUUCAGCUCCUUCAGCUAACUCUCCAGCAAAGAUUGUAAGUGGGUUCAUCUCAAAUCACGGCUCCUCACUCAUGAAAUGGUUAUGGUCACUCAAAUCCACCUCCACCAAAACAACAAUUGCGACGAGAUCGAUGGUGAAAUUUGAGAAUGGGUAUACAGUGGAGACGGUCUUCGACGGAAGCAAACUCGGCAUCGAACCUUAUUCCGUCGAGGUUUUGCCUAAUGGCGAGCUGCUUAUUCUUGAUUCUGAGAACAGCAACAUCUACAAGAUCUCAUCCUCUCUUUCACUUUACAGCAGGCCGAGACUUGUUACUGGUUCCCCCGAAGGAUACGCAGGUCACGUUGAUGGGAGGCUACGUGACGCUAGGCUGAACCAUCCUAAGGGCCUUACGGUUGAUGACAGAGGAAACAUAUAUGUUGCUGACACACUCAAUAAUGCUAUACGGAAGAUAAGCGAAGGAGGAGUUGCAACAAUAGCUGGUGGCAAAACGGCUAGAAAUGGAGGAGGGCAUGUGGAUGGACCGAGCGAAGAUGCAAAGUUUUCUAAUGAUUUUGAUCUUGUUUACAUUGGAAGCAGUUGUUCCCUCCUCGUUAUUGACCGUGGAAACAGAGCCAUCAGAGAGAUUCAGCUUCAGUUCGACGACUGUGCUUAUCAGUAUGGAAGCGGUUUCCCUCUUGGGAUUGCGGUUCUUCUAGCUGCAGGUUUCUUUGGUUAUAUGUUGGCUCUGUUGCAGAGAAGAGUUGGCUCUAUUGUCUCCUCUUCUCAUACACAGGAUCAAGAAAUGUUUGAAGCUGAUCAUGAUCAAAAGCCAUCCAGACCGUCUCUGAUUCCAACAGGAGAAGAGCAGCAAGAGAAACAAGAAGAUAGCUUCCUUGUAUCCCUUGGGAAUCUCGCUUCCAAUGCUUGGGUUUCUGUUAUGGAGAUACUCAGAAUAAAGCAGUCAGCAGCCACAAACUUUCAGCAGUACCAAACAAAGCAGUCUGCUGCUGCGUUUAGCACUACAGCUCCGUGGCCAAUUCAAGAGAGCUUUGUGGUCAGAGACGAAGAUGAACCUCCUCCUGUUGAGAACAAGAACCAAACUCCGAGAAAGACUUAUGCUUUUAUGACUAAAGACGCAGAGAAAAUGCAGCAGCUGCGUCAGAGCCGUGCGUUCUACAGCAGCUGGGAAGCUGAGCUCCCAAAUCAGCAGCAGCAGCAGCAUAGAAGGCAUUACUCGUCGAUCCCGCAUACAUACUAUGAGCAGAACAGUGAGCAGACUAAUGAGAUAGUGUUUGGGGCGGUCCAAGAACAGAGCAGCAAGCGUGUGACUAAGCCUAAGGAGUCUGGAGAGCAGAUAAAUAAUAAUAAUAAUAAUACUCAACAUAAUCUUCACUACAGAGCUCACUCUGUUAGUUACCCAUAUGGAUACUAUCCAUAUACAUGAAAAGUCUUAUGGUUCUGUGAGGUUAUCAGAUUUAUUGAAUAACAUUAUGAAAGGGAAGUUACAAAUUUUGGGUAUAGGGUGGUGUUUUGAGAUUUAUAUGUAAGGGAAUUGGGGAAUUUAGAUGCUCGUCUUGUAAGGAAAGUUGCAAACUUUGAUUGUAUAAGAUAAAAAGAUAUGAUCUUUGUGUGAGAAAAUAAGUCAGUAAUUUCAUUUGGAAUUGAAGAUUCAUCA